UCAGCAUCCCACACAACAACCCCAUUGAAUCCAAAGGGCAGCCCUACCGGGUUUGCUUAGGGCGUGGAGGCUGUGGAUAAAGGCAGGACUCAGGCUAAGCAGCCCGGCUCUCUCCCGGAACCUGAACCUGAACCUCCGCGCGGCCUGUGGAGCACGCAGAUCCCUCCAGGCCAGCUCUCCGACAUGCAAGAGGUGGCCCUGAGCCUGCUCGUCCUCCUGGCAGGCCUGCCUGCCUUGGAUGCCAACGACCCGGAAGAUAAAAACAGUCCUUUCUACUAUGACUGGUUCAGCCUCCGUGUCGGCGGGCUCAUCAUCGCAGCGGUUCUGUGCGCCAUCGGCAUCAUCGUCCUCAUGAGUGGGAAAUGCAAAUGCAAGUUCAGCCGGAAGCCCCGCCACCAUCCAGGGGAUGCCCCACCUCUCAUCACUUCAGGCUCUGCCCAUAACUGUUGAGGAUGGAUCAGCUGAAAGAGCACCGAGGGCCACUCUUUCCCCAAGUCCUGGCUCUGCACAGGAGCCUGAACUCCAGGAUGGAAUUCUCAGACCCCCUGGCCAGGGGUCCAUCUCAUCUCUCAC